AGUCUCGUGUGUUGGUGAGUUUUGCGGCUUUCGAAUCAUUGCACUACAAACGAAUAUUUAUCCAGAAACCGAUCAUACAUUUUCUAGUUGCACACCAAUGCAGUUGUAUAAAUUCAUUAUUAUUCAACAAGGUGGAUUUUAAUAAAAUAAUCAUCAGUAUGGUUCUUCGGAAGAAAAUAGUUUUAUUUCUGAUAUCGUUAUGUAUGGUUGCAUUGUGCGAUUCGACAUUUCAAAAACCAUUGGACCCCUUCACAUUACUCAGAUACGACAAACGGACACCCGAAGACCAGCCAUCGAACAACGAUAAGAACGUAUCGGUCGAAUUCGACGAAUACCCGGUGAUUGUGCCAAAAAGGACUGCAUUAUUGUUAGAUAGACUAAUGGUGGCAUUACAAAAAGCUGUAGACGGAAAUAAUUCUGGAAAUAUGAAAGGAUACUAUCCAGAAAGAUCAAUUCCAAUUAGCGGAGCUCCUAGACCAAGCCCAGGAAUGGAACUACAGAGACGAAAUCAACAAAAAGGACGACUUUACUGGAGAUGUUAUUUCAACGCUGUGUCCUGUUUUAAAUAGAAGAAAUAAAAUCUGAUAACUACCUACCUAUAUAUAUACAUAUUUUUUUUUUUAUCAUGUCAGUUGAGAAUAUUAUACCGCCCUCAUCUUCA